UGGUCAAUGAGUAAAGAGGAGACUACAGGAGAUGGCUAGAGACUGCAGACAUACUACAGGAGAUGGUCACAGACUGCAGACAUGAUACAGGAGAUGGUCAGAGACUGCAGGCAUACUACAGGAGAUGGUCAGAGACUGCAGGCAUACUACAGGAGAUGGUCAUAGACUGCAGCCAUGCUACAGGAGAGGGUCAGAGAUUGCAGACAUGCUACAGGAGAGGGUCAGAGACUGCAGACAUGCUACAGGAGAGGGUCAGAGACUGCAGACAUGCUACAGGAGAGGGUCAAAGACUGCAGACAUGCUAC